CGAGGUGGACCCGCCAGUCAAAAUGGGGAGGUACUUCCGGUCCUCUGGACUGACGGCUCGGCUAAGGUACUGGGGAAGUCUGUCCUGGUCGUGUGAGCCGCUGCCGGGAGCCGAGGAGAGCGGGGCGAGCUCGGAGUCCGCGCCAUGGAUGCAGUGACCUAUGAGGACGUGCAUGUGAACUUCACUCAUGAAGAGUGGGCUUUGUUGGAUUCUUUCCAGAAGAGUCUUUACAGAGAUGUGAUGCUGGAGACCUACUGGAACCUCACUGCUAUAGGCCACAAAUUGGAAGACUACAAUAUUGAAGAACAUUGUCAAAGUUCUGGAAGACAUGGAAGUCACUCUGGAUACAAGCCAUAUGAGCAUAAGGAAUAUGGAAAGAAGCAAAAUACCUUUACACAGAACAGUUUUCUUCAAAUAUAUGAAAGAGUCCAUACUGAAGAGAAACCCUAUGCUUGUAAUCAAUGCAGUAAAGCCUUUACAAAUUUCCUUAGUCUUCGAAAACAUGAAAAAUAUCAUAAUAUAGAAAAACCCUAUGAAUGCAAUCACUGUGGUAAAGCCUUUCCAAGUCAGAGUUCUCUUCAAAUACAUACAAGAACUCAUACAGGAGAAAAACCGUAUCACUGCAAUGAAUGUGGUAAAGCAUUUGCACGUCACAGUAAUCUUGAUAUACACAAAAGAACUCAUACAGGAGAGAAACCCUACGAAUGUAAUCAAUGUGGUAAAGCCUUUGCAACUCGCAGUCAUCUUCAAAUACAUGAAAUAAUUCAUACAGGAGAGAAACCCUAUGAAUGUAGUCAGUGUGGUAAAGCCUUUGCAUAUCGUAGUAAUCUUGAAGCACAUGAGAAAACACAUACUGGAGAGAAACUUUAUGAGUGUACUCAGUGUGGUAAUGCCUAUGCAAAUCGCAGUAGUCUUCGAAAUCAUGAAAAACAUCAUACUGGAGAAAAGCUCUAUGUAUGUAAUCAAUGUGGUAAAGCCUUUGCACGUCGCAGUAGUCUUGAAAUACAUGAAAGAACUCACACUGGAGAGAAACCUUAUGGAUGUAAUCAAUGUGGUAAAGCCUUUACACGUCGCAGUCUUCUUCAAAUCCAUGAAAGAACUCACACUGGAGAGAAACCUUAUGAGUGUAAUCAGUGUGGUAAAGCCUUUGCGAGUCGUACUAGUCUUCAAAGUCAUGAAAAACAUCAUACUGGAGAGAAGCCCUAUGGAUGUAAUCAAUGUGGUAAAGCCUUUGAAUUAAAGUGUAAUCUUCAAAUACAUCAAAGAGUUCAUACUGGAGAGAAACCCUAUGCAUGUAAUCAAUGUGGUAAAGCCUUUGCAAGCCGUCGUUAUCUUCAAAAUCAUGAAAAACAUCAUACUCUUGAGAAACUGUAUGAGUGUAGUCAGUGUGGUAAAGCCUUUGCAAUUCGCCGAUAUCUUCAAAAACACAAAAUAACUCAUACUGGAGAGAAACCGUAUAAAUGUACUCACUGUGGUAAAGCUUUUGCAUAUCGCAGUAAUCUUUAUAGACAUGAAAGAAGUCAUACUGGAGAGAAACUGUAUUAAUGUACUCAAUGUGGAAAAGCCUUUGUAUAUUACACUAGUCUUCAUCAUCACAAAAAAUGUCAUACUGGGGAAAGAGUCUGUGAAUGUAACUGAGGCAGUAAAGUUUUGGCACAUCAGUGUAAUCUUCAAGCACAUCAAAGAACUUAUACUGGAGAAAACCCCUCUGAAUAUAAUCAAUGUGAUGGUGCCUCUGCAUGUUACAGUCUAUUCAAAGACAGGAAAGAAUUCCUACUGGACAGAAACACCAUAAAUCUUAAUACUUUGCUCAUGUAAGAUCCAUUAAAACCGUUUCUUCAUUAAA